CACAAAGUUAAAAGAAGAGUUGUGAGGGGAAGUAGUAACUGUUUUCAAAUAUUAAAAUUGUAGAAGAAUUCAUCACUACUGAAAGCACGGUGUUGAAUUCAUGUUAAAUCGCCCACAGAGCGGUAUAUUUGGAACAUGAACCCGGCAGAAGUUAGUCAAUGCAAUCAACCGCAUAACCAUGAGAUUGAAGACUAUGUGCUUCAAGUGCAUAUGCCUAAGAAGAGCUACAAGGCAAUCGGAUUUAAAAAACACGAGACAGUCUUUCAUAUAAUCAAGAGAACUAUUGAAGAGUUCGGCAAAGACGGUCAGCCACCGCCAAAGGUGCAGCGUUAUGCAUGCCGCAUGUUAAAUAUGAUCACCAAAGAAGUCCUCUGGUUGGCCAGAACAACAUUAAUGGAGCAGGUUGUGUUACAUGUGUUAUCCACGGGCUGCUCCAAUCCCAACUGUCCAUGCAUUAAUACACGUAAAGCCGAAGUUUCAGAAACUUUGGAAGCACAAGGGAAGCGCUUGCCUUGUGGCGUGUGGCGUGUGGAGCUGCGUGUGCGCUAUGUGCCACGCAACAUUCAGGAAUUGUUCGAUGAAGACAAAACAACGUGUUUUUAUUAUUUUGACCAGAUUAAGGAAGACUUUAUUCAGGCCAAUCUUAGCUCAGUCGAUGCUGAAUUGGCAGUUCAAUUGUGCUGCCUCGGCAUUCGUCAUUAUUUUAAAAAUAUCACGCUUAAAGCGCCAGACAAGAAGCAACACAUCGAUUAUAUUGAAAAGGAAAUUGGAUUUAAGUGCUUCAUACCGCAAUCUGUGAUAACGACCACAAAGCCAAAGAAUCUAAAGAAAAUGAUACAAGUCGGUUACAAAAAAGUCUACAAUUAUAAUGACAUUGAGUACUUAACAAAGUUCUUUGACUUGCUCAAAGGUGUAUAUCUGACCGAUUAUGAGCAAUUUUCUGUUAUGUUAAGCUCUGCUUGGAAUAUAUCAGGAAUUUUACAUGUUGGUCCGCAUAUUGGAAUCUCUUACCAAACGCAUCCUCAAGCAACUUUAAAGAGUGUUGCACAGUUUAGAGAUGUUGUUGUUAUUAAAACUUGCGUACUGCCAAAGGAGAAGCUAACAAAGGAUAAAACGACCGAAAUUGAGAUACAAUGCUUAAAUUGCGAUUGCCAAAAAAUCAAAACCCAAAUCAAAAUAUCUGCUUCGAAUAUUGAAGAAAAUUUAGUGAUAAUAUGCAAUGGUCUAAAUACUGCUGAGAGUAUUGCGGAUCUUAUUGAUGGCUACUGCAGAUUAUUAACAAAGGACAUGAGCUUCAGUAUUUGGGAGCGCGAAUUGAAUGCGGUGCAAGCAGAAGCUGCAGUUAAGGCAGCACAGGAGCCAAAUGCUUCAGAGCCAGCUAAAACUAAGCCCAUGCUAACGGAUGACUAUGCAGAGAUUGGGUUGUUAGAAGGUGAAGGAGAUUACUCUACACCAACAGUGCGGAAUUAUGAGCUGGAUCGUUCCCAAAUACUCUUAAGUGCCAAAAUCGGCGUUGGGCAGUUUGGCGAUGUCUAUGUGGGCACAUAUACUUUACCCAAAACUAAAUUAAGCGUCAAUCAUGCUGUUAAUGAAAAUGGACAAAGGAACUGUGAUGUGAAAUUUGAUAUUAUACAAGUCGCUGUGAAAACAUGUAAAGCUAAUGAAGAUCCAGAGAAAACUGAAAAUUUUCUCGCUGAAGCUUACAUCAUGCAAAAGUUUGAUCAUCCGCAUAUUAUACGUUUGAUUGGCAUCUGUAGCAUUAUGCCCAUUUGGAUUGUUAUGGAACUGGCCAAGCUGGGAGAGUUGCGGGCAUACUUAAAGGCCAAUAGCGAAAGAUUAAGCCAAGGUACACUGCUUAAGUAUUGUUAUCAGCUAUCUACAGCGCUGAGCUACUUGGAGUCCAAGAAAUUUGUGCAUAGGGAUAUUGCAGCUAGAAAUGUACUUGUGAGUACGCCAACUUGCGUCAAGCUUGCUGAUUUUGGUUUAUCACGCUGGGUUUCGGAUCAGUCAUACUAUCACUCAACUCCCACAGUUGCAUUGCCAAUUAAGUGGAUGUCCCCUGAGUCCAUCAAUUUUCGCAGAUUCACCACAGCUAGCGAUGUCUGGAUGUUUGCUGUUUGCAUUUGGGAAAUACUCAUGCUGGGCGUGAAACCCUUUCAAGGCGUUAAAAACAGCGAUGUUAUUACCAAACUGGAAAAUGGCGAGAGGUUGCCACUACCACCAAACUGUCCACCGCGUCUAUAUUCCUUAAUGUCACAAUGCUGGGCCUAUGAACCCCUGAAAAGACCUAAUUUUAAACGCAUUAAGGAAACAUUAUAUGAAAUUUUACUGGAAGACAGUGCAAACAACUCUGAAACUUUGCGCAGAGAGCAGCGUCGUGUGGCAGCUAAUUCUUGGAUUGCCGGUGAGAUGGAUAUACCGCCACUGAAACCUUCAAGAACAGCGCAUGAUGCCCAUGACAUGUCCAAUAUUAUGGCAACAGGCGAGGAUAAUAUGUCGAUACCACAGACUUAUAUUAUUGCACAGAAUCCGGCGGUGCUUGCCCAGCUGAUGAUGGAAAACCAGAAACGUGGCAUUAAUCCAGCAGCUUAUACAACGCCUGCUUCGGUAUUUAAUACUUUAGCCGUAGGCAUAGAUGCCAGUACCUCAGAUCAUUUGCUUAAGGCUACAAAGUUACCAGCAGCUGAGCUAUUAAAGCUUGAUCCAGUUGCCAAACAUAAUGUCAAAUUUCCAACUAACAGCAACUCCUCACAAAGCCUGAACACAUCACCAUCAUCAACUGUCCUUAGUUCAUUUGAUUCAUCCCUUUUGCUAGCCACACCCAAAAGUUCUACGAAAAUAAAGCCAGCUGAGCCUUUGCCCUUGAAAAAUAAUUUUAUAAUCUGUCCGCCACACCAUGAACAUGACUUUCACGUGGAUCAGCAGCAAACAGACAGCCCAACCAUCAGGCGAAUGGUGGGCUAUAGCCUAUAUGGUAGUCUGGAGCGACAUCAACCGCACGCGGAAAGAUCUAUGAGUUCCAAGGGCGGCAGCUUGGAGCGUCAUCAGUCCUUGAUGACAGCGCAGCAUAUGCUGUACCCCAUGGUACAACGUACAACGGACCGUUCACGCAGCAUGGAACGCAAUAGUCAAUUUCAUGUCUUUCGCAAUCAAAUGAAAACGUCUUUGGAAUGUGAGGCGCUGCCUGAGGAAAUCUAUGAUUUUGGUGGAGCUGGCCUUAAAACUUGUGUGUCUGUCAAACAGAAAUAUGAUUCUAAAUUAAGUCUGCAACAAACAGUUGCCUCACGUGUUGUUGACAAAAUAAGUUGCGAUUGGAGGCGACAAGGGGCAACAUUGACAGCGCAACUUGAUACAAAUGAGGAUUUUAUGGAAGGAGCUGCUUGCAAGCCACUAAUUGAAGAUCAGAUUGGUGAAAAAUUAAUACAGCAACGUAAGGACAGUAAUAGCGAUGGUGAAUGGCUUUAUCAAGAAGAAUUGCUGCGAAAGUGUUCCAGCUCUAUACCACCUGGUGCCAGUGUUGAUGUUUUGAACAAACAUCAAAGCUACAAAGCUGAUUUAAUGUCGGCCGGUCCCAUGAGCUUGGCUGACUGUUCAAAUGCAAGCAACAGGCUAAAGUUGCAUAGUUCAAAUCAAAAUCAAUUACCACUCAAAAUUAAUAUUUCUUCUACGGAACAUUUGGAGUCGCUGACGUCAACGUCUGAUGAAAGUCACAACUUAAAGUAUAAAAAUGAUGAAAAUCAGUGCUUAGUACGACCUAUAAAUCGUGUAAAUGAUGAGGUCUACUGUGCUACAACGGCGGUUGUUAAGUCCAUAAUGGUAUUGUCACAAGGUGUGGAAAAAUCUAAUAUAGCUGGCUAUCUGCAGUUGGUAAAGAAUGUUGGUGUGGAGCUAAGGCAACUGCUUAAAUCAGUUGAUAAAAUAUCUGUGCUAUUUCCAGCGCAAGCUUUAAAAGAAGUGGAAAUGGCACAUAAAGUUCUAUCAAAAGACAUGCAUGAGCUAGUAGCUGCCAUGAAGCUGGCACAACAAUAUUGCGAUACUACGCUCGAUAAUGAAUACCGAAAAAGUAUGUUAUCAGCUGCACAUAUACUGGCCAUGGAUGCUAAAAAUCUUUUUGACGUGGUCGAUUCAAUUAGAAAUAGGUAUCAACAAUUUUCGUUUGCACAUUCAAAUGAAAAUACCAAAAAAUCAUCAAACAGUUCAUUAAACUCAGAACUGCAUACCACGACUACGGAUGCUGUAAGUCUACACAUGUCUCAUCAACCCAGUUGCAGCGCUGACAAUAAUCUAUAUGACAACGAAAAGGCGCAGCUUAUCUUUAGUUCACCAACUAGCAGCAGCGGUAUCGCUGGAGAAACUUUUAUAAACGAACCUUUAAAAAUAGUCGAGGACACGCUAAAUAGCUCCGGCGAACAUAUGUACUGUAACACAUCAGCUUUGCAUGGCCAUUCAUAAUUCUAAUCGAACUCUUCCUUAUUUGUAAUUAUAUGUAUCCGCUAUAUAUAGUGAUUGCUAAGUUUCUCUGUAUUCAGGAAACAAAAAUACGUAUAAAUAUUGAUGUACAUAAGUAACAUAUAUUUAUUCUUUUUACAAUUCUUG